CCUGAGUAUCCAGAUGUGGAGGCUGUGGGGCUGUGUUGUGUUUGGAGCUAACAGAGGGUAAGACCGCUGAGAACAGGCUCGGGUGGCUACCAGGCUGACUGCAUGACGGUGGUGACUCACUGACUCAACAAUGCCCUCUAGUAACCGUCUACAGGAGCGCAGGCACUGCAACCAGCCUGCCCAGAGGAGCACACUCAGAGCCGCGUCCAGGGGGAGUCCAGUCCUGCAGGCGUUACGGAGUGUGAUUUGGAGAGGAGUGCAGAUCGUCUGUGACGCGCUUAAAGGAGCAGAUUUAAACGAUGAAGAUGCUGAGUCCCCAUCCCAGAGCCUUGACGACUCUACUGCUAACAGGAUGUUUUACUCCUGUUAUGAGAAUCUAGAGGACAUCCGCUGGGGGGAAGAGAGGCAGCAGUCAGAUACUGAGCUUAGAACCUCCACUCCAGUCAGGAAUGUGUACUUGCCAGAGAGCAGGGGAGACGUCCACAUCAACACCAAACUGAGAGCUGUGCGGCAGGCCUUCCAGGCAGACACAGUUACGGUAUUCUCUCCUCAUGAGGAGCAGGCAGACACAGUUACGGCAUUCUCCUCUCCUCAUGCACGCCAGAUCAUCGCCCACGACACAGAAUCCAGGAACUUCCUGAAGGAGGCAGGACUUACUAUCCUGACUGGAUUGCUGUCAUUGGCAGGGAAGAAGAUGGAGGGCUUCACCCUUGUGUGGGACUGCCUGAUGGCGUUUGCUGAGAACCCGUCCAACUGGGACUCCAUCACCAAGGAGUGCCAGAAAGCAGGGAUGCAGACUCCGUGCUUUUACGACCUGUUUUAUGAGGCUAUUGUGCUCAGGCUGCUGGAAUGCACUGAUCAGGUGCCCCCCACCCUGAGCACCACCAUCCGCACACCCUGGCUCUCCACCAGCAUGAAGAAAACUACCGUGAUGUUCCACGCCUGGGCACGCAUAAGGAGAGACAGAGAGCAGCUCACGGGCCCGCAGGGCCUGUACCACCACCUGUGUGAGGUGCGAGACUACAUCGACCCGGAAAUAAUGUGGGCCGCAAUCGGACCCCAGAGUGACGCCAAAGAUUUCUACUUCCUGCUCAGGGGUGAGGUAUUGUCCUUUGUCCAGCGCAUCUUCCACCUGGACACACAGAGCUACGUUUCUCCGGCGGUGUUGGCCGUGCAUGUCUUUUCUGCGUGGAGGGGUCUCGUUGGUCGCCUGCAGGAGUACCUGAUGGAGCAGCGACACACAGAGAGAUGGCGCAGAGAUGACGCAUGCCCUGAACUAUCAUAAACCCCCCCACAAACACACACACACAUACACAUACACAUACACACACACACACACCCUGAGCUAUCACAGACACAGUACCCCCCCCCACACACACAAACACACACUAACAUACACACACCCUGAAAUAUCACCGACACAACAGCAGGACCCCCCAUACCUAAACUCGAAAUAUCACCAACCCUAGAGCCACUCUACCUCCAGCCCCCAAACUAACGAACGAACCCCAGACCCUCUUCCCAAUCGAAAGAUUAUAAUCCCAGUAGGCCCAGCCUCUAACCCUCCCUAUAGUGAGAUUAUAAUCCCAGUAGGCCCAGCCUCUAACCCUUCCUUAUGGUAAAAUUAUAAUCCCAGUAGGCCCAGCCUCUAACCCUCCCUAUGGUAAACCUCUAACCCUCCCUAUAGUAAGAUUAUAAUCCCAGUAGGCCCAGCCUCUAACCCUCCCUAUAGUAAGAUUAUAAUCCCAGUAGGCCCAGACUCUAACCCUCCCUCUGGUAAGAUUAUAAUCCCAGUAGGCCCAGCCUCUAACCCUCCCUAUGGUAAACAUCUAACCCUCCCUAUAGUAAGAUUAUAAUCCCAGUAGGCCCAGCCUCUAACCCUCCCUAUAGUGAGAUUAUAAUCCCAGUAGGCCCAGACUCUAACCCUUCCUUAUGGUAAAAUUAUAAUCCCAGUAAAACCAGCCUCUAACCCUUCCCUAUGGUAAACCUCUAACCCUCCCUAUAGUAAGAUUAUAAUCCCAGUAGGCCCAGCCUCUAACCCUCCCUAUGGUAAACCUCUAACCCUCCCUAUAGUAAGAUUAUAAUCCCAGUAGGCCCAGCCUCUAACCCUCCCUAUGGUAAACCUCUAACCCUCCCUAUAGUAAGAUUAUAAUCCCAGUAGGCCCAGCCUCUAACCCUCCCUAUGGUAAACCUCUAACCCUCCCUAUAGUAAGAUUAUAAUCCCAGUAGGCCCAGACUCUAACCCUCCCUAUAGUAAGAUUAUAAUCUCAGUAGGCCCAGCCUCUAACCCUCCCUACGGUAAGAUUAUAAUCCCAGUAGGCCCAGACUCUAACCCUCCCUUUGGUAAAAUUAUAAUCCCAGUAGGCCCAGACUCUAACCCUCCCUUUGGUAAGAUUAUAAUCCCAGUAGGAAUUAAAAAUUACAAA